CUCAGAGAUGUCAGGCUACCAGCAAAGAGGCAGGAGCUGAAGAAGUCUGUCGCUUGGAAAUACACCACAAGGGAGACAUAGCCGGGAAUUGGAAGAAACAUCAUGGAAUCAAAUAAUUCCCGAUCGGCUAAAAAUAAUGCAUCGGGCAAAAAAGAAGAUGGAAUCCCUUCCUCAAAUAGGAAGCAGGAAGUUUCCACAGAAGAAGAUAAAAAACUCUCGGGUGAAAAAGUUAAUAAAGUAGCUCCUAGAUUGAAUGCAGGCGCAGUCUUCAGAGUCCCGCUGGUCAUCAGCGCCAUGAAGGGUAUAGUACAUGCCAAAAGAAAACUGAACCUAAAAAGGCAUUUUCAAAUGAGCAGGGAAGGCCUACAAGCACAAGGCAGCAAGAGGAAUGAGUACGCUGAAGCCCAACUCCAAGAUCUCUUCAAACGCAUGCGAGAAAGGACCAGUCACUACAAGGAUAAGCUAGCAGAUCCAGACAUUUCUUCUGCUGAACCAAGCCCAACAGCAACUCCUGUUAAACCCAAGCCUGCACCACCACCUCCGCCUCCUCCAAAAAAAGAGGAGAAACCAGAGGCCAAAGAUGAGAAACAAGCUGAAAAGCAAGCCGAGGAAGCAGAGAAGGAGCACUACUGUGACAUGCUCUGUUGCAAAUUUAAGAGACCCACAUUAAAAAAAUCCUUGCAGAAGUUCAAGCUGCCAAGCUCCAUUGAUGCCUAUACAGAUCAUUCCUAUUUGCUGUGGCUGUUUUUUGUUGCUGUCUCCUUCAACUGGAACUGCUGGCUAAUUCCAAUGCGCUGCGUCUUUCCAGUACAGACGCCCAACAACAUCCUUUACUGGAUGAUCUCAGACUAUAUAUGUGACGCCCUUUAUCUUAUUGACAUUUUUAUAUUUCAGCCGCGUCUGCAGUUUGUAAAAGGAGGAGACAUUAUAACUGAGAGAAAACAAACAAAGGCAAACUACUGGGAAUCUACAAAGUUCCGGCUUGACGUGGCAUCUGUAAUCCCAUUUGAUCUACUCUACAUGGUCUUUGGCUUCCAGCCUGUGUUCAGAGCAAACCGAUUGUUAAAGUACACUUCAUUUUUUGAAUUUAAUGACCGACUAGAGGCCGUGAUGGAGAAAGCCUAUAUUUACAGAGUUAUCCGAACAACUGGGUAUCUUCUGUUUAUUCUUCACAUCAAUGCCUGCAUCUAUUACUGGGCAUCGAGCUAUGAAGGGAUUGCCAGUACUAAAUGGGUUUACGAUGGCAAAGGGAACAUGUAUCUGCGUUGUUACUAUUUUGCUGUUCGAACACUGAUCACCAUUGGAGGCCUGGCCGAACCCCAAACAGUAUUUGAAAUUGUCUUUCAGUUGUUAAAUUAUUUCACGGGGGUAUUUGUCUUCUCAAGUUUGAUUGGACAGAUGCGUGAUGUAAUUGGAGCAGCAACUGCGGGUCAAAGCUAUUACCGUGCCUCUGUAGACAAAACCGUCUCUUACAUGAGCUCAAACAAAAUCCCCAAAGUCGUACAGAACCGUGUGAGGACUUGGUAUGAAUACACGUGGGACUCCCAAGGAAUGCUAGAUGAAUCAGAACUGCUCGAAGAGAUGCCAACUAAGAUGCAGCUGGCCAUUGCCAUUGAUGUAAACUUUGCCAUUGUUGACAGAGUGGAUUUGUUCAAAGGGUGCGAUAGCCAAAUGAUCCAGGAUCUUCUACUGAGACUAAAAUCUAUUGUAUACUUACCAGGCGAUUUUGUUUGCAAAAAGGGAGAGAUUGGAAGAGAGAUGUACAUCAUAAAGCAAGGCGCUGUUCAAGUAUUGGGAGGGCCUGAUAACCAGAAAGUAUUGGUUACCCUGAAGGCAGGAGCUGUGUUUGGAGAAAUAAGCCUUCUAUCAGCCGGAGGGGGUAACCGCCGCACCGCCAACGUCGUGGCCUAUGGAUUUGCUAAUCUCUUUAUUCUGGACAAAAAGAGUCUUAAUGAGAUUCUGGUUCACUAUCCAGAUUCAAAGAAGCUCCUUACCAAGAAAGCUAAGAAGCUGCUGAAAGAGAAGGGCAAACCUGCAGGACCUGCCGUGGUGAAUAAAGGCUUCGGCCACCUGAUACCCCCAAAACCUGAAACGCCUCGUCUGUUUAAAGCCUUAAUGUCUGCUACUAGCGGCCGGACUGGGCUCAGUUUACUAACGAGGCUGAAACAAGCAACUUCGAAUGAAAACAAGGAAGUCAACAAGACUUCAGACAUGGCCAAGAGCACCGAUGAUCCUGCAAAGCAAAAGGAAAAGAGUAAUGUUCAAGAUGCCAAAUUGACUGAGGAAAGUAAGGAACAGCCAGCAGGGGCACGUGCAACUCCUGGGGCUGCUCCCAAGCCAGACGCCACAGCAGGCAGCAAGAGCAAAUCCUUCAUCAUUAGCAUGUCCCCAUCAGCCAAGGCUGGAGAAGGAGAACUGCUCACUGUCGAGGUUCGAGACAGAAAAAAGACAAAAUAGAGCUAUAUCCUAUUGUCAGAAAGUAGAUUAUUACUUCUGCUACAGUGAAAACAGGCUGAUGGAUGGGUUGCUUCUCAUAAAGGGGUCAUCUAUACACGGAAUAUGUUCAAUGCUGUCUCUCUCCCCUCCAGAUGCAGCACGCUCCCCCACUCCCCCACUCCAGGUGUUUGUGGUUGGACAGUUUCAUGUGUACAAGAAUAUCUUGAGUAGGAAGGAGUUUCUAAUGUUCCAUAUAUUCACACCUUUGGGGUUCAGCUUACCCACUUGGCUGCAGCUUCUCAUUUAGCUCAUUAUAAAAUUAUAAAAUCAUAAACAUAAAAUCAACCCAGCUUAUAGUAUGCAAGGUGAAGUGCGUUCAGCGCACCUUUUGGUAUUAGUCAUGUGCUGGUCAAGAAAACUCGCACCUUACCUGAACCUGCAAAACUGUAACCCGCACCCUACCUGAACCCUCAAAACCUUAAGCUGCACCCGACCCAAACCUUAGGACCAACACCCAAAACGUAAUUGCGUCUUUCCGCUCUGUACAUUACUUCUGCGUGUUCCUUAGGUUCCAGUACAGGGAAUUGUGGGAACAGAGAAAGAACAUGCAGUGGUUGCCCAUAUUUUAACCCUAUCCCACCUGAAAAAAACCCCAAUUUAACCUGCACAUCACUAGUUGUAAUAACUGGGAUUCAGGAUAAUAACCCCUAAGUGUGCACCCACACCAGGAGUGCAAGCCAACCAUUUGGGAACCAGUGGUUUGUUCAUAUUUGGGGGGUUGUUUUUUCAUCAGGAUUCUCUUGGAGAAGGUUCUGUAAAGGCUAGAUGCAGCCCAACUAAUUUCAACAUAUAAUACUGCCACUCCAGUUGAUCUGCCAAACAGAUUCUACCAACAAAUUCAGUCUGCUGAUGGUCUUGCUCCAUGCAAUAAGUAAUACAAUUUCACAAAUUCAAUGGUUCAAAUAGCUUUAAACAAAUGAAAGUUACCCUAAUGCCCUUAAUAAAACAUUUUCUUUUUUGCACCUUG